AUGAUUCUCUCUGGUGAUGAUUUGGAUGAAAUUACUGCUCUCAAAUCCUUUUUGGACAAUCAGUUUAAAAUCAAGGAUUUAGGCACUCUUAACUACUUCCUUGGCAUUGAGGUUGCUUAUUCUCCUACUGGCUUGUUACUUCAUCAUAGAAAAUUCAUCAGAGACCUCCUCCUUGAGUAUAAAUGUGAUAUUGUUAGUCCUGUUGUUUGCCCUUUGGAUCUGUUUGUUAAGCUUCAGGUUGACAUGGGUGAUCCUUUAUCUUCUCCUGAGUCCUACAGAAGUUUAGUGGGAAAGCUUAAUUUCUUAACCCACACCAGGCCGGACCUUUCCUUUGUGGUUCAACACUUGAGCCAAUACCUACAAAAGCUAACUCAUUUCCAUUUGCAGGCAGCUCUACACCUUCUUAGAUAUCUCAAAGGGUCCCCUGAUGUUGGUGUUUUCUUCAACAGCUCAUCUGAUUUGUCUUUGACUGCUUUUUGUGACAGUGACUGGGCUGCUUGCCCUGACACUCGUCGCUCUGUCACUGGUUUUUGUGUUAUUUUAGGUGGUUCUCUUAUAUCUUGGAAGGCCAAGAAGCAACCAGUUGUGUCCCUUUCCUCAGCUGAAGCUGAAUACAGGUCCAUUAGUAAGGUUAUGGCAGAGUUGGUCUGGUUGGUGAUACAUUUGUUGAUUUUGGCCUUGCUGUGUCCUUUCGAGUUCCUGUUAAGUGUGACAAUCAAGGUGCAAUCCAUAUUGCUCGUAACCCCGUCUUCCAUGAGCGGACCAAGCACAUCGAGGUGGAUUGUCACUUCAUUCGGGCCAAGCUUAGAGAUGGUUUAA